CUGAAUCGCUUCUUCUGGUUCGACACGCAUCCUUCGUUCGCAGAUCGCCUUCGGGUACGGAAAAAGAUGGGCAAGCGAGCGUUCAGUGUCAAAGGAAAAGAGGAGAAAAAACCUGCCUUCAAGCGAUCGGCAGCUACACGACGCAGUGUACGCGGCUCUUUGCGUUCUGGCUACGCUUUCUCGCAUUCGCAAGGUUUUGGUGACCUCAUUCUCAAAGGAAAACUUUUCAAGAAUGUGGAACAACUGCGCAAGGAGGCUCGCGUCAACUCCGCUCCUAAUGGCCUUUCCCCUGUCGUUGAACAGCCUCAGAUGUUAACUCCGGUGCCUAAUAAUAUAGAGAUGAGUCCAAGUUCCGCAGGAAUGCCGAUAAUGACGUUACCGUACGAGCCCGUGCGACAGCCACAUUCUUUAGUGGUCAACGACGACGAAUGGUCUAUUCUCGACGGGGAUCUGAGAAACGUUCGAGGGACAGUGAUUCGUGGAGAUGGGAAUCUAGCAGUACCUUCGCCAACUGAAAGGUCGGGCUUCUUCGAAGAAAGCUCAUCUUCAUCGACUUCCUUGCGGAAUAGUGGAAACAAUCGACGGAGGCCUUGGCGGACGGAGACUGAGGUAUAA